AUGUCCUACCCUGCUGACUUUACCCCCGAGGCUGAUAAGUCCUUGCUGCUGAAAGCAUACAAUGGAAAGCAGCUUUCGGAACUGCCCACUCCAUCCUUCGUGGUGGACAGAGGUAUCUUCCAAAAGAACUCUAAUAGGAUGCUCCAGAAUGCCAGGCAUCUGGGAGCUGACUUCAGAGCCCAUGUUAAGACCCACAAGACCUUGGAAGGAACAAUUCUUCAACUGGGAACGGGCCAAUUGAAAACAGACAAGAUCGUGGUUUCCACCCUGAAAGAAGCCUGGGGUUUGAAAUCUCUAAUGGAGCAAGGCCAAAUCAAGGAUGUGCUUUUCAGUUUGCCUGUGGUCAGAACAAGACUUCAGGAACUUGUUGAUCUUGGCGAGAAGGUUCAAAACUUGCGUCUUAUGUUGGAUAAUCUGGAGCAGUUGGACAUCCUUGCCGACUUCAGCAAGAAGAACAGCAUCACCAAGAAAUGGUCAAUUUUCGUGAAAAUCAACAUGGGAACCAACAGAGCCGGGUUUCUCAACAGCUCUGUUGAGGCCCUUAUGGAGAAAUUGCUCAAUAGUGGAGUCAAGGACUACGUAAGUCUGUAUGGCUUCUACUGUCAUGCAGGUCAUUCCUAUGCUUCCAAGACCGAGCAAGAGGCCCAAUCGUUCCUCCUUGCCGAAAUAAAGAGCGGUAACGCGGCCUGCAAACAGGCUCUGGCUUUGGACCCUUCUUUGAAGCUCCAAAUUUCCGUUGGAGCAACUCCAACGGCGCAUGCUUCUCAGAACUUUGACCUCAGUUCUGCUGGUGAGCUCUUCGGAGCCCUGGAACUACAUGCCGGAAACUAUCCGUUUUGCGAUUUGCAACAAAUGUCCACCAAUUGUGUCAAACUGGAAGACGUUUCUUGUAAAGUGAUUGCUGAGGUACUUUCUACCUACAACGGAAGAGGCUCCAAGGAACCUGGCGAACAGCUGAUCAAUGCUGGUGUCAUUGCUCUGGGCAGAGAAGUGGGUCCUCUACCAGGUUUUGGGAGAGUCUACUCCCCAGUCGGUUAUGAAAACUGGAUUGUGGGAAGAUUAAGUCAGGAACAUGGUAUUCUGACUCCUCUGGAAGAUAACAAGGAUACCAGGAUGAUUCCAUUGGGGACCCAAGUGGGUGUAAUUCCCCAGCACAGUUGCAUCACUGCUGCGGCUUAUCCUUGGUACUUUAUCACGGAUGGGUCAGAUAAAGUUGUAGAUAUCUGGGUUCCUUUUAGGGGCUGGUAA